AUAGUUCUUGCUAGCCUCAGCAGUUAUAUUCGCGUUUCCCAUCUGUUGCGAGGCAAAAUUUCAAAUAAAGCCUUUUGAUUGGAGGAAGAGGAGUCGUUUUUCCUGCCCUUUCCUUGUAAAAAAUCUUUCGGAGUUGACGUCGAAUGGCGACGUAACGGGUUAAAUAGUUCAGUUUUAUCGGUCGGCUUGUGUUGGCUCUUAAAAAAGAGGAAAGAUAAUGUAUUUAUACAUAUUCGUGUAAUCUAAGCGGCUACGUUAUAAUUAAAUGAAUGUGUAGCCGCUUUAAAGAAUGUGACUUAAAGUAAAAGGCUAGUGUGUACGUUAUAUAUCGUGGUGUGUAAUCAGAAAAUGUUUCAUCACGAAUACGAGAAGCGACUGUUGAAGUCAAAUAGCGAGGGCCACAUAGAUAAUUUAACCACUCCUGUUCAUUACACGCCUGUAUAUUUUUCACCAACUAAAAUGACCAACAAUAGUUUUGAUCGAUUUAUACCGACAAGGUCGGGUAACAACUGGCAGACAACCUUUUCAAUGAUAUCUGAAAACGGCCGAAGUGGUCUUGCGACAAAGAAGACUCGUGAAAAUGGUGAAGGCAGUCGAGACGGUAUUGCGUAUUCCUGUCUUUUAAAAAAUGAGCUUCUAGGUGCUAGUAUUGAAGACGUGAAAGGUCAAUGCGAGGAAAGACGAAUUCUCUCACCUUUGAUGUCCAAAAAUUUGUUUAAAUAUACUACACCCACCAAGGAUCAUACACUUUUGGAUCAAAGCUCGCCUUAUUCACUUUCACCUUUAAGUGCUAAAAGUCAAAAAUUAUUACGUUCACCUAGAAAAGCAACUAGAAAAAUAUCUAGAAUACCAUUUAAAGUACUCGACGCUCCUGAAUUACAAGAUGACUUUUAUUUAAAUUUGGUCGAUUGGUCAUCGCAAAAUGUCCUUAGCGUUGGCUUAGGUAGUUGUGUCUACUUGUGGUCGGCUUGUACCAGUCAAGUAACCAGACUGUGUGAUUUGUCCAGUGAUGGCAAUAGCGUCACCUCAGUAGCCUGGAACGAAAGAGGAAACUUAGUUUCAGUUGGAACGCACUUAGGAUACAUUCAAGUAUGGGAUGUUGCUGUAAACAAACAAGUAAGCAAAUUACAUGGUCACAGUGCCAGAGUUGGCGCUUUGGCAUGGAAUGGAGAAGUUCUCUCUUCUGGUAGUAGAGACAGAUUAAUAUUGCAAAGAGACGUUAGAACACCUUGUGUUGUGAGUGAACGACGUUUGGGAGCUCACAGACAAGAAGUUUGUGGAUUAAAAUGGUCUCCGGAUAAUCAGUACUUGGCCUCUGGUGGGAAUGACAAUCGUCUUUAUGUUUGGAAUUUACAUUCUUUAUCACCUAUACAAACUUAUACCGAACACUUGGCUGCUGUCAAGGCAAUCGCUUGGUCUCCUCAUCAUCAUGGCUUACUGGCUUCAGGUGGUGGUACUGCAGAUAGAUGUAUCAGAUUUUGGAAUACUUUAACUGGUCAACCUAUGCAGUGCGUUGAUACUGGAUCCCAAGUUUGUAACUUGGCUUGGAGUAAGCACAGUUCAGAACUAGUCAGUACACAUGGCUAUUCCCAAAAUCAAAUAUUAGUUUGGAAAUAUCCAAGUUUAACACAGGUUGCAAAAUUAACAGGACAUUCUUAUAGAGUUUUGUACUUAGCCAUGUCACCUGAUGGUGAAGCCAUUGUAACAGGUGCUGGAGAUGAAACUCUUCGUUUUUGGAAUGUGUUCAGUAAAGCACGCAGUCAGAAAGAAAACAAGUCUGUACUAAAUUUAUUCACAAGCAUUCGAUAAAUUUAUAUUUGCUAAAUUAUCAUUGAAAUUUAUAAUUUUAUGUAUUGUACAUACAUAUAUUGCAUAUACGAUUAUAGUAUUCUGAAAGAAUCAUGAUAUAUAAAACAUAUAUAGUUGUAGACUAUAAAUAUUUAGAUUUGUAGAUAAGACUAUUCAGCUGGUGGUUGUAGUAUAAGUUCAUAAAUGCACAGCCUGCAAUAGAAUGAGUCUAGUGUGCAAUAUGUCACUACUUUGGUAGGGACUAGGUAUGCCCUUAUAAGGAAAUAUGCAAGAAUUUAUUUUAUUUUUAUUAUUUUUUUUCUAUACUUUAUAUAUUAUUUUUUUUAUGAAUGUAGUAUACUCUAUUAUUGUAUCAAUGUUAAUUUUUCUUUAUUUUUUUACUGAACUUAUUUCUUUUUUUUUUUUAAUAUAUACCAUAAAUAUUUUUUAAUUUUUAUUAAUCACAUAAAUAAACAAUUGUAAUUACUACUGCAAUUGUACUAUUGUCCAGAAGAAUUCCUUUAAAGGGUGUAUUGAUAAUUUCGUAAAUUUUUCAAAAUACGUGCUGUGUCUGCUCAAAUAUUUGCAGGUUGAUCUAUCAGAUCAUUAAAGUAUAUAUGCAUUUUAGAAAAUAAUUUUUUUUCUUUAUUGGAAGCAUAUUUUUUUUCAUAUUGAUUACUAAUAUAUAAUUGUGUCGUAUAAAUCAGAUAUUACACACACUUUGCUUUCUUAAAUCAUUUAUAGUGACUUAUGCUUUACAAUCAGCAAGUUGUACAAAUUUGAGUGGAAAUGCGAAUUAUAAAAUAAAUUACUAAUUUAUAAUAUUACAAGAAAAUAAUAUAUUAUAAUAAUGUGUUUAUCUCUUUAUUCAGAGGGAAAAUCGAAAGUCGAAAUAUACAUAGAAAAUAUAACAAAUAU